UUUUGAAGAGCGAGCAGCGGCUCCGGAAAUCAGAACAGGAUGAGGUGCUUCCCGCGGGUCCUCAACUGGUGCUUUGCCCUCCUUUUAAUUGGUCAUCAAAUUCAAAUUGCCCGCUGUACGCUGGCCAUUCCAACGCCAAAUCCCACGCAGGUGCCAACGCCACACACUUUCCGCUUCCAGAAUCCGCUGCAGUGCCUCAGGAACGAGUUCUACAACCUCAACCUAUUCGACUGUGUGCCCUGCAAUGAGGUCGGCGCCGGAGAUGGGGACCUCGGAAAACUGCAGCCCGACAAGUUCUCUUGCAAGUGCCCGACAGGCCACCUGUCCAUCUAUGAGCGCGGCAAGGCGUGGCCCACCUGCGAUGAGAUUUGCGCCCCGGACAGGAGCGACAACUGCACCUCGGUUUGGUUGCCACAGCCGCGACCCUCCGCUUAUUGCAGCUAUCGGUACCUCAACACCACGUCGGUCUUUGCCAGCCAGUUGCCAGUGCAUCCGCUUAUUUCCGGGAUCAUCCUCACCCAGACGAAUCCGGCGAGCAGCGUGGGCGAUUGCCAUACCUGUGAUUUGGGUCACAACUUCCGCUAUCAGGGUUUCUGCUUGGCCACCACUCUGCUCCGUCCGUAUCUGCACUACAACGCCUUCUGGCAGGCCACCACCAGCUCCAAACCGGAUGCCAGUGCACCCGGCCACUUUGGUGAUCUCAAGUUCGUGGCCUUCUUCUGCCUGACCCUUCGGAACGACACCGCCUGCCAGCAGCUGGCCAAUCUCUGCGUGCUCUCGCACUUCUCCCUGGAGAAGCAUUCGCCCUGCAGCGCCUUCCUGCUCACCCAGGUGUCGGAUGUGGUGAUGAAGUAUGCCCACUCCGGGGAACAGUCGCGCUCCCUCCAGCCUUUCCUGUUCUACAAGAAGGGGCGGGUCACCAAGGAUCUGCUCUCGAAGACACUUCAGCUGCCGGAUCGCAAGGAGCUGCGAUUGUUUAGCACCACAUUUGGCCUGGAUGGUGGACUCAAAAGGUGGGGUGCCUUCUAUCCGGAGAUGCUGAACAUGUGCCAGCAGCCGGCGCCAAGUUUGCGAUUGGCUUUACCAGAGCAGGAGUCGGAGGUCUCCUGCCAGCUGACCCUGGAGCGACUCAUUGACCUGGCCAACCAACAGGCCAACGACGAGUUCCUCACGGUCUUCCUGAACUUCAGCAGCAAUUGGCAGUUUCUGCUCCAUCAGCUGCCCGUGCUCAUCGAGACCCUGACGCCGGAGAACCAGCGUCCGCAGCAGGAGGAGUGGCAGCUGGUAAAGCGAUUCCAGUUGAUCUCCGCCACUCCGCGGGACACUCGACUCCACCAGACUUUGCCCCGCUACGAGGAUGCUCACAAGCUGCAGCAAUAUUACUCAUUGCGUUACGUGGAGGACAUGGAACUUCAUUAUACUGUGGACAAGGAUCAGCCGGAUAGAGUGGGUCUGCCCCUCAUCCGACUGCGCUAUCGGCACAUUGAGAUAGGAGCGGGAAAUGCCUCACUUUUCCAGCUUUAUCCAUUCCGCUUGAGGAUCAGUCACGAGCAGGUGAAACGGGGAUGGGAUUGGUUAGUCCUCGAGGUAGUGCUGCCGCUCCUCCUUUUGCUGGCCUUCGCAGCUGCCAUCUUCCGCCUGCAGAACUUGCGAAGAAGAAGAAAAGCCGAUCUUUGCCAGUUCAGCAGCCUUAUGGAGUUCCUCCUGCAGCUGGCCGGGAAUGUGGCCUAUGCUCUGCUGGCCACAGCACUGCUGCUCCUGCUGCUGCAGGCCUCCAGUCCACGCCUGCUGAAGAUCCUGCUCUACCCCGCCUGCCUGCUGCAGUUGCUCUUCCUGGGCGUUCAGCUGUGGCGCUCCAGCCAGCUGGAACUGUUCCUCAUCGACUGGGAGAGGCCGCGCAGCAGCUGCGAGGGGCAGCGCCUGAACCUGGACAGUUCCUCGCUCUGCUCCAGCGUGCGCACUUUCGUGGCCGAAAGCAGUGUCUCCGCCUGGCGGGUCCUCUUCACUGCCAACGCCUGGAUUCGCCUUAGUGUCAGCCAGAAGUACUCCACCCUGGGACAGGUGCUAGUGGUCAUUGCGGCCUAUCAAUUCCUGGAGAGAUUUACCAACGGGGAUCUCGGACUGCGCUGCUGUCUGCUAGCAGCCAUUUAUUUGCUCACCUAUCUGCUUCAAAUAAUAGGACACCACUUGUUCAUUGCCAAUCCCCUCCAGAAGUUCAUCGACCUGUGCAGCCUGGCCAACAUCUCAUUGUUCUCGCUGACGGAGCCCGGUUUUGGGUACUACAUUCACGGACGAUCCCCACAUGGUUUCGCCGACACGGACAUGUCCUCGAUGAUUUUGCAGCUUCAGAGGACACAGACUAUGUGUGGAAGGCGGGGGCUCCUCAUGGAUUCCGAUAAGCAGGCGUACAUCAUCCUGCCUCCCAGAAAUCUUCACAUCUACCUGGAGCGACUCCUGCUGCCCUUCCAGCGCAGCCUCACCGGCAGCCUGUCGCAGACCCUUCUCUAUCAGAAGGACAUCGUUUCCAGCAUCGAUGGCCAGAUGGAGCGCACCUCCAUCGCGUAUGCCAGCGUGAACCGCUUCUUCUGCGCCUUCAUCGAUCACGCCAUCAAGGACAUGGAUUACAUUAUCAAGGAGAAAUCACUGGUGGAGCAAUUGCUGAACUGCGAAAUUGACAACUAUAUUACGGAAAACAAGGGUACCUUCUACAUAGACGACUCCUUCAGCUUCUCUCGGGUUCUCCUUCUGGGUAACCAUUUGCACAUCUUUGUGCUGGAACUGCUCCUGCUGCUCUCGAUCUUCCUGAUGGCCUCAAACUUGCUGAUUGCAGCUGCGGCAGCUUGCGUGUUCAACUUAUUACUGCGCCAAGUGUUCCGCCAUUGGGUGCGUCGCAAUGUUUCCCGCAAGACCCUUAUCGACGAGCGAUUCCUCUUGUAGCCCCAGAGAGAGGAGCAAUAUUUGCGGGAAGACGGG